GAAGGGUGCAGAGCCUGUAGCUGUUCUGUGUGCAAGCAUUCAUGUCUUGAACUUGAUGUGAGCCUCAACCGGUAACCAGUUCUGGGAGAUAAAGAGAGUUGUGACUUGGCCCCUUUGGGCUUGUUGAAGACGUGUUGUGCUGCUGCGUUACCGAAUCAUUGUAGAGUUUUGAUCGGACAUAAUCGAAGUCUAGAAGAGCAUUGCAAUAGUCCAUUGUUUUGAUCUAAACAUGUCUUUAACAUUUUGUAGCUGAUUGAGCGGAGUCCCACAGCCCUUCCUCGCUCUGCUGUUUACCUCUGCAUCAUCACCUUUGUCAUGGGAGCUAGCAUACACCUGGUAGGAGACUCUAUUAACCAUCGUCUCAUCCUCAGUGGAUACCAGCUUCACCUUUCUGUCAGAGAAAACCCCAUUAUCAAAGAUCUGAAGCCUGCCUCACUGAUUGAUUCCUUUGAGCUUCUGUAUUACUAUGAUGAACACUUAGGGCAUUUCAUGUGGUAUGUCCCUUUCUUCCUCAUCCUCUUCUUGUAUUUCACUGGCUGCUUUACACAAGUUAAAGAUGAGAAGAUG